CGCGGUCCUUUCCUGCGGCGCCUUCCGUCCGUCGGCUUCUCGUCUUGCUCUCUCUGGUCCCUCCGGAGGAGGCCGCCGCGCGUCUCCCGGGGAAGCAUGGCGAUGAAAGCGGUGUGCGUGCUGAAGGGCGACGGUCCGGUGCAGGGAACCAUCCACUUCGAGCAGAAGGCAAGCGGUGAACCAGUUGUGUUGUCAGGACAAAUUACAGGAUUAACUGAAGGCCAGCAUGGGUUCCACGUCCAUCAGUAUGGGGACAAUACACAAGGCUGUACCAGUGCAGGACCUCAUUUUAAUCCUCACUCUAAGAAACAUGGUGGCCCGGCGGAUGAAGAGAGGCAUGUUGGAGACCUGGGCAAUGUGACUGCUGGAAAGGACGGUGUGGCCAAUGUGUCCAUUGAAGAUCGUGUGAUCUCACUCUCAGGAGAGCAUUCCAUCAUUGGCCGUACAAUGGUGGUCCAUGAGAAACAAGAUGACUUGGGCAAAGGUGGAAAUGAAGAAAGUACAAAGACUGGAAAUGCUGGGAGCCGCUUGGCCUGUGGAGUGAUUGGGAUUGCGCAGUAAACAUUCCCUGUGUGGUCUGAGUCUCAGACUCAUCUGCUACCCUCAAACCAUUAAACUGUAAUCUGAAGAGUUGUAA